CUUUUACUUUUUUGAUCACGUUCGCGUAUUUGAUCUUAUUGGUCAACACAAACUGAAUUUUCAUUUGCAAAAAUAUGAGAAUGUGUACAUGUGCUUCUAGUUCUACUAGUAGCGAAACAAGUACAAGAGCCAACAAAUAAAGCGUCCUGGUCGCACCACGUGAAGCUGAAAUACAAAUCGCGCUCUUUUUUUGAACAAUCUGUGUGCGUAGUAAACGUGUCUUACAGGCAUAGGCAAGUUAGCCGCGCAGUAAUAUCGAACAAUGUCGCGUCCGCCCGGCGCUGCUCCCGGCCACGAGCUCAGCAUGGAGCUGGAGCUUCUCGACCGUGAAGACGAGAAUCGAGGUGACGUAGACAUGUCGGACGUCGAAAUGAAAACACCGGCGUCCCGAAUGUCUGACGAGGUUUAUCACAGUGACGAAGGCGAUGAAAACGCGAAAAACGCUACGAGCGGUAGCUUCCGUGGAUCGAGCAGAAGGACUAGCAAGAAGAGCAGUCGUCGAUGCAGUGAACAAAGUCAAAGUGAAAGUGUAGGUGGAAGUCUGCUGGACAAAGUGGACCCAGAUGAAGCGAGUGCAGCUGUCGCACCUGUGCGGAAAAAACCGCGGCUCUCCGAUGUCGUUGCAGACAUGUUCAGCAACCCCGCAGGAACGAGUGCGAGCACCGGCGCUGGAGAAGCCGAAGAUGAUACACACGCAAAGAAAGAUGAUCCUCACGCAGGACGAGACACCACGGAUCAGCAAUUGCAUCCAGUAAACAAGAUGACAGGUCUCGAGAACGACACCGAAAUCAACCGUGCGAAGUCAGCGUGCCCACUCGCUGGAAUUCUCGACAGCGCGAUUCCGGAUGACUUGCUUGAUGACGUCGAUGAGGCUUCCGGCAUCAGAAUUAGUGAUGACGCGGAACAUCUUAAAGUACAACAAGAACAGGCUGCUACAACAUCUUCUUCUUUAAAGCGCCGCUCAACCGCCGAUAUCGAAGUAGAACAAGAGCAAGAGGUGCCCCGAACAAAAGAUCCCAAAACGCAGGUGGUGCGCAGCAGCGAAGAAGAAGAGAACGCAAACGCAACGGCAGCAGAGGGGCAGAAGAAGCUCAAAGUCAACAGCAACACAAAUACUCUGGAUCAACAUUCGACCAAAAAGAUGUUCCACUCAGCCAUUAUAGCCGGAUCGAAAGAAGAAGAGCUUUCUGCCAAACCUGAUGAUGGCGAACUUCAAUCUUCUGCUACUUCUCCAGACAGUAUCACCUUCGCGAAGGAAAGAGAGUGCAAGGAUUGCACGCCUAUCUUCGACAAAGCCGGCAUGAUGGACAGCACCCCGAAGACGGCUGAACCUAAAUCUGCUACUGGGACGCUAACGACUACAGACGUGUGGAAGAGCUUGGAAGCUUUACAGAACGGACCUGCACUUGCGACGGAACUGCGGGAGUUGUUGGAAGAAGCUGUCGACGAUCCGGCAGAUGCGUUGCCACCGCUGCAAGACUUUCUGCUGCAAAAACGCCAAUCGCUCCAGUCGCACUUUGACGACCUUGCGAAAGAGUACAGUGACUCUCUGCCGGCACUCGGACUGUUUUGUGGAAGCCCACAAACAUGGACCGCGAAGAUUCAGCAUACAGCGGACGCAAAGCAGCAGAAGCGAUUGAUACGCAAAUUCCAAGACUACGCGCAAAAUUUUCCGGACAAAGCAGCAACGGUCGUGCGGGAGCUGGGCGAGUCGCCGACCUGGCUUCCGAUUCCAGAGUGCUGUCACUACGAUUCCGCUUUCUUCCAAGAUCCAGAGGUAAAGCAGCUUUUCGCGGACCUGGAAAAAGCAAAAAUUGCACAAGGGAGUGCACAGCAAGCAAAGGUCAACACCAAAUUGCUUCCGGAGCUCCGGAAAGCCAAUCGCGCAUUUGCUCGCGCGUGGGUGGGACGAAACAAGCCUACACUCCAGUGGAUCGAGGAAGGUCCGCCUGAUCUCGAAGAUCCGGCUUUUCGGACUGUGCGUUUGUCGCAGAUCUCCGAGCUUUUUCGCUCCAUGCCACUUUUCACCCUCCACGACUACAACCGUGUCUUCAUGCGGAAAGAACCGGAGGAGUUGAAAGAGGUAUUUGUUGCAUCCCGCACUUUUAUUCCACAGAAUAGGAUGAAGCAAGGACAAGGAGAUUGAGCACGCAGUCCGGAAUGUUUUCAUCAAAGAUUUUGCAAAGUUCUCUGUCCUCGUGUUUUUAGUUUUUGCUCGCACCUUUUUUUUUCACGCGUCGUAGCUCUUUAAUAGUCGAGGAAAGGCGACGUCCACUCUACUCUUGUUCUGAAAACCUGAACCUUCAGGUCGUCAAAGCCUGGGUGGAAAACCCUGACUCGCCAGACCGUGCCCGUAGCCUGUUGUUUCUGGUGUUGAACCUGCUCCGUCGACGGGAAUCCUGGGAUGCUUUCCUGGAGGUCCUGCAAGCGCAGGUAUUACACAGCGAUCGACUGCGUGAUUUCUUCCUCGACGUCGUCACCUGUAAAGGACUCUUCUACAUCACCUCGCAGCACGCUGACGAAGAGUUGCGAGCGAAACUGUUAAUUGACUUCGCAAGUACCAAUCCGGUCCCGCUGGUGUACCCGACGGGCGAAGUGAACCCCUUUGUCUACCACGUCUUGCGGGAAUCUGUUGGUGUGUUCUCUUUCGCUGUUGGAUCCGAGGCUGCGCAGCCGGCAACCGGAAAGACGCAAUUAGUGAAUGAUCUUCUGGGUACGGAAUUCAAUGUUUCGAGACGCCCCAGUGUGAUCUCCUUCGGUACCGUCGACGUCGAUACCGGAGCGUCCUUUCAACCUGAUCGAAAUCUGACCGUGUUCGACGCCCACGGCUUGCUAGACCCGAGGUUCUUCCCCAUGCUAAAAGCAGCAGCGCAUAUCGUGUUGGUUCACAUCAAUGCGCAAGAACUACAGCACCAGCCUGCGGCUUUCGUGUCCUCGAUGGAGGCGCUAGCGAACGCGCGAGCCGAGUGGCCGGAACCAAAGCAAGUCUUUCUUCUCAUUCGUGAUGCCGUGAGCGAAGACCUGUCCGAGCAUGACGCGAAGGAGCUGUGCGGCCGCUUCUUUGGGCAGGCCGAUGUUGUCAUGACAGGCAGCGGCGGCGAUCGCGCUUCCCCGAGCGCUGCGGCGCGUCGUGACAGCGGCGCCUUCAGGUCCUCAACGCUGGAGAUCGUACUCAUUCCCGACCUCCGCGACGCCGAAAGUAGACUGGACCUCCGCAACUUCAAAUGGUACAACCUGCGGCCUCGGAUUUUGGCCGCAGUUACUCGGGAAAUCGACCUUUUGCGCUCCGUGUCCGGAGAUGAGCGCAAGAAGCUGAUGCGGAGGCAUCUCACACAGAAAAAGUUUGUUGAUUCUGUUUUGGAACCUUUUUCCCCGGCACCCGUGCAUCGCAGCUAUGCCCUGAUGAAUCAAUUGAUCGGUGACUUUGCGACCGAGCUCAAGCGCCAUGCGAAUGAUUUCUACGGACGUGAAGUUGUGCCAGUGCGGUACAUGCUGCGCGAGCUGCGAGACGUGGAGCGAACUCUGUACAAAAACUUUGAUUCCGGCAUGGAGGAUGAGCUGACCGCUGCAAAGCAAGCACGCGAACGACUGUGUGGAGAACUGAAGCGUGCCACGCUUUCUCCGUUGUUGCAACUCUUUCUGCGUCUCCUUUCCCAGCCGAACGCGGUGACUAUCGUUUCCGAAGUUGCCUGGCAGCUGAAGUUGUUUGUGGAGCGGAAUACCAAAGCGGAACUGUCUGAACGCGAAGCACUGCGCCGAAAUGCCAACCGUGCAGGCGGAGAAAACGCUGGCGCAGGAAAAGCACUGGAAGAUCUCUCCAAUUCGAUCGACCGAAAAACGUGCAGUAUCGAGGUACUGUUUCGCGAGCUCAGCUUCCUCUGCGAGUACACCGAGAGGUUCCUGUUCGAUCUGGAGCCGUCGGUUGCAAAAAUGACCGACGAGUCUGCUGGCGAACGUAGCCAUUCGUCUGGGAAAGCUUCAAACGGCAGUAACUCCGCUCAAAAGCGAAACAAUAAACGACUCCUUGACUCUCCAACCGCCAGUGGUGCUUCAGCCUCAUCUGCUUCGCCGUCGACCAGCUUUGUCUCGCGUGAACGCGCAAACCCGAUCGAGGCACUGCAAUCUUUUGUGGGCGUGGGCGAGCCCUUUGAAAUGAUCGAUGGUGACAACUUGAAAUUUGCGAUGAAAACACUGGAGCAAGUGUUCCACAAAUUCGAUGGUAGACGCGUGUUUGUUUUGUCGGUGCUCGGCCCGCAGUCAUCGGGAAAAUCCACGCUCCUCAACUUUCUCUUCGGUUCGAAGUUCGGCACGGGCACAGGCCGGUGCACCAAGGGCAUUUACGCAAAUCUGAUCAACAUCGAGCACGAGCACUACGACGCCAUCUUAGUACUGGAUACCGAGGGGUUGCAGAGUGUGGAAAAGGACGACGAAGAGUUCGAUCGGAAAAUCACUCUGUUUUGCCUAGCCGUCUCUCACCUGGUAGUAGUGAACAUCAAGGGCGAUAUGCACAGCAGUAUGAAAAAGCUCCUCGAGAUUUGUGUGCUCGCCCUCGAUCAACUGCGCAAGGCGCGCAUGGGAACUCCCCACGUGCAGUUUGUUUUCAAUCAGAAUUCCAAUGCAAAGAAAAACCCGUUUGCGAAGCAAAUCGAGGACAUCACGAGCGAAAUCCUGAAUGCGCGCCCGGACGCGCACGACGUUGCGCGAAUCAUGCAGGUCAGCGACCCCGACCUCUUUGUCUUGUCCUUCGCCUGGAACCUGCGGUCGGUCGAAAAAAACGCGGACCAGGGUCAGAUGGAGGACUGGUGCCAGAGCAAGCCGGUCAGCCAGUUUGCUGUUGAGGUCAACCAAAUUGCGCGUCGGAUGACACAAAUCAUGUCGGAGAAGGAAGAUGCUCUCAAAAAGUCCGAGCACCAGACAAAACACUUUAAGCAUCUGCUGCCCUGGUUGGAGAUGGCGUCGAACAUCUGGUGCGCCAUCGAGGCCAAUCCCGAGCUGGUUUCGUUCGCGGACUUAAAGCAUAUGAAGGACGACCGGGACCUGAAGCAGAAAGCAACAGAGUGGGAGCGCGAAUUUCUCAAAGACAAGCAAGCAGAACAAGAGCAGCUCGUCCACAGACUGGUGGACUCGCAGAUCGACAAAGGCAAGAUCUAUGUGCGCAAUUAUGUCGAGAGCCAGCUUGCAACAGUGCAGCAGCGCAUCCGAGAAUAUUUCGACGGCGUCUAUGCCAGCAUCGAAAAGCGCCUCGGGCGUGUAGCGCUCGAGAAGGACUACCGAAAACAGCUCGUCGACGUCUACAAGCGAAAUUUGCGGGGCCGCGUUGACCAAUACCAGUGCGAGGUCCUCAACAAAUGCUACACGACAGUGCAGGGGCUGAAAGCAGAAGUCGGCCGUUCCACUGGCCACUUCGAAAUUGAACAAGCCAUGCGAAAAAUGCUCCAGGUACGCCUGUUUGUAUACCUCCCGCCAUACUAAUUUAGCUUUCAGAUGUUGCACUUGCAGCUCUUUUUGGUUGUUAUGCGGUGAUGUACGAGUAUGCAGCUUUUACUAACUCCUCGAAGUUUUUUGUCUGUGUCGUAUGAUAAACCGCGCCAUUAAUUUCGUUUCAGGCCGCCGAUCCGACCGAAGCCGGUGCCGAGAACGAGUUUGACCGAGUCUGGGAUGACAUGAUUACCAAACGCGAACAGGAGUUGAACGUCGAAGAGAUGGAGGGCCAGCUCUUCGAUCACAUGAAGACCCUGUAUCGACAAGAGCAGCAAUUGCCCGCGAAGUUCACUACGAAUCUCGAAUUUCAAGACAAACUUCGCCGCCUCGCAGGGUCAGAAGCCUCUAUGCGCGACGUUUCCUUCGAGCUGAACGCAGAAUUUUUCAGCAAAUUCACCGACGUUCUGAAACCCCGGAUUGUGUCGCAACACUACAACAAAAUGACGCCGCAAUCGCUUCAGGUCUUGCACACUGAAAGUACCUACCUUCGUGUCCUGGACUAUUUCGAGCCUGUGAAAGCAGUUUACGCAUUUGAGGUGGAUCCGGACGCUGUUAGUCAGCAGGUGCAGUGGGAUCAGUUUUUACAGAGGAUCGAUACCAUCUUCAACAGCUUCGAUGCCUUCGUAGAAAGUUCCUACGAGCGCGCCAAGCAGCGACUUGCGCAACUAAACGACUGCUUUGACGACUUGUGCGUCUGCUUCGAAACGGAUUUCUUCAGUAAGUUGAAUGGCCUUAUGGCGGCCUGUCGCUAUUGGGAGAAACCGAAGAUCACAUACCAUUUGAGAAAUAUCAUCGGCAAGUACACCUGCCUCGCCAACGUGUGUCCUGGAAUUGACGUUUUUCCCAUCCGGAAACUCAGCGCUCCCGAAUACAGGAAAGUUCUGCAGGACAAAGAUCAUCCCGAACGGCAGCGCUCUGCUGGAAGAUGGACCUUCAUUACCGGAAGUGUCAGACCCUUUGGCGAGAUUGUUUCGCACUGCCUCGCUGAUAAACACGUUGACUGGGCUGCCUUCAAAGGCGACAUCGAACGAAUUGCUCGCGCGGCGAAACUUGAUAAAAAGAGGGAAGCUAUCGAUGACCUCCAGUGCUUGUCCCGGUAUUUUCAAGCACACGGCUGGUUUUUCUGUGACGAUUUUUGGACGAAGAUGGUUGCGAUUCUCGACCAGGAAGUUCAUACGUGGCCAUGGGCAACUCGCAACACGCAUAUCGACAAGGCGAAAACGUUGGUGCAGGGAUAUGUUGGAACCAAACACGAAAGAAAGUCACAUCCACUUGUUCCGUACGGACGCGGAACAAACAUUCGGUUCCAGCGCUCUGACGUUCCAAAGCUGCCGUGUGCGCAGUUCCUUCGUAAUCCGGCCGCCAUGUUUCAAGAAUUUCGAAAGUCGCUUAGCCCGCCUUCGUUUGAUGACGAUGUGUGCUGUCCGCGGGGUCUUGCUGCAGUCAGCGGUUCCGAAAUCCAUAUGCAAAUCAAGCCGCAGCACGUGGAGGCUUACGGGCAUGGAUUGCAGUACUUGCUGAAUCCGGCUGCUUUUCCGUCGCACAUGCAGAAAGAGGCGCUGACUCAAUUGGCCCGCCUCGUCACCGACAACCUGAACGGCGGCUGGCCGCUCGUGCUGAAGGAUCUCGGAGAAGCCAUCAGGAAAGAAGUGAGCCUGGAAGACUGUAGCGGACAGGUCUCCGUGUCUUCUUUUUCUGCUGCCCUCGUGAAGCUGAUCCACACCAAAGUGUCUGUGUUUGUACGGGACCGCAUUAACGAGCCCCUGGCGAAAUUUGGACUGGAAUUGGAUAUGGACGGAGCUGCAGCCGUGCAUACUUUUGCGCUACUGCAGAGCUGGCGACUUCUCGCUGACGGGCAGCGGCACAAGAGCAUGCAGAACAUUCGCGAAAUGCAGCGCGAUCGCGACAAUUGGAAGAAGUACUUCGUCAGCAACGUCUGUGCCAAACCGAUCGAGCAAAGCAAGGCCGUCGCAGAGUACUUUGUGUCUGGAAUAGUGAAAAACUUCCUGCACUUUGCACGCAGCAAUGGUGCGGAAAGCAUCAAGGCACGGCUUGAGGAAGACGAAGAAGAAUUUAACGCGAAGACGAUUCAAGCGAAGCUAGACGACGACUUGCUCUUCAGCGGUCGCGGUGAAGAGCACCUGGCCGUGGAGUACAUCACCAAUCAGACGGAGUACGUCACGAACGUCUUCGAGGAACAGUUUGGCACUCUCUUCAACAGCCUGAAAGACGGGGUGGUUCUGGACACCAAGCGCACGCUGCAGAAAGGACUGGCUGAAUUACGGGACGCCUUCGAGACCCUGCGUCAGUUUCUAGAAAAAAACAAUCUCCAGGAGGCGCAGAGCGAAUUGCUUUUCAGUGCGGGCGUCGAGGCGAUUUUCGAGCUAGAGAAGGAAGAGACGAACGUUUCUGCGUACAACUUCAUUGUAAGCUUCUGCUUAGCUGGUGAUUUGGGCACCUACGGUCGCUUUAAGGACCUCAAGGACACUGCGUGCUACGUGGACAUCGUGACGCACCGAGAUACCACGGGAUCUACCAAGGGGAUUCCCAUGCUGUAUUUCCAUUUUGAUUUUCAAAAUUUUCUUCCAUUUUCUAUUGUUUUAAGCUCGUUACAUCAGCAUCACUUGAAUUUGAGAUGGUACACAGCACGAGUUCCCCUUCAUGAUUCUCCUUUUCACGUGACAGGUACCAUUUCUGCACGGAGGCGCUGGACAAAAUUGCCGAACAGAUGAUCAAGCUAAACGAGUUCACCUGGAGCAUUGUUGACAUGGGACUGGACGAUCUGCGCGCGUCUUUCAAAAAUAGAUCCAUUGGAUGCCCGAACGCGUGCCCGACGUGCGGUCGCAAGUGUGACCAGGAUGUGAAUGACGUUGCCCACAAAUGCGGCUGCUCUCUCGGGCAUCAAAUUCGUGGUAUGUCCGGCAUUCGCUUGGAGAACGACUUCGCGUCGACGGAGACCUGCGACGAGAUCAGCGACGACCGCCGGAUCCUUCAGGAGGACAGCGACAUGUCCUGGAAAGAAUCAACCUGGUACGAGAUUAAGCAACAGUUUCCGAACUGGGAGUACUUCUCGUUGGACGAAAAAGAUGCCCGGUAUGAGCGAAUCGUCAAGUUUCGGAAGGCGUGGGAUAUCUACGGUUGCGCCUUGUGUAAACACUACAACUCCACCGGAAAUCCGAUCAAGUUUCGCGAAUACCAGAAAUACAAGGAGGGCGCCGGCGGAGCCACCCACUUCAUCAUCAUCCUGGAUGAGUCCGGCUCCAUGUGUGGUGAGCGAUUCGAAAACGCCAAAAGUGGUGCCCGAACCUUCAUCCAAAAGCUGUUCGAAAAGGGGGCGGGACCUUCGCGCGUCAGCCUGGUCUUCUUCGUCGACGACUACCGCGUUUUGUGCCAAGAGGGCGGCAGUGAAGCUGCAUGCCUGCUCGACAGCAGCGGGUUCCGGAGCGGGGGUACAGUGAAGGAGAUUGAAGCCGCGCUGCGCGGAGCGAUUCACUGUAUCGAAAACUCGUCGAAGAAGUGGGGACGCACAGUCAUCGUGCACUAUACCGACGGUGGCGGCUACUACCCGGAACCGGAAGUAACCAAGCUCAAAGAAAUGAAGGAAACGCACGGGAUCUCUUACCAGUACUAUGCGAUCUGUGAGCAGACUUACCAUAGCGUGUUGCAACAGGUGUGCACACAGUUUCAUCCAGAGGACCCUGAUAGCCAUCUUCGGACCGGGAUUACGCCAGACGGAUUCGGAUCCGCACUUGCAGAAAUCAUGCGCAGCUAA